AAAAAAGGACUUGCCUCCCUUGUCUUAACAUCUAUCACCAAGAAAUAUCACUUUGUUUGAGUCAAACGCUGCUCAUCAGUGGGUCAUUGCAGGUCUGUGACAGAUUGUUUUUGUUUUGUUUCAUUAGAGGUCAAACUCCAGUUUCCUCUCGCCUGUGACUGUGUCAAUGCCAAUGCUGUGUCAAUAAGGCCAUUAAACACAAAACUAACUGCACUGGGCUGAACUUGGAAGCACAGGGGCAGCGUGUGUUGUAUAUAAUCAUAUAAUAUAUCCAACAAACAAUAAUAUGAGAAGAUUUAAAGAACUUGACAUUUUGUCAAACUAAUGAGUUCUAAUACAGGGCCAAAUAUUCUCUUUACUGCUCUGAGAGUCCCUGUUUUCUACCAGUUUAACAAACAGACUGAGUAACUACAAUUAGCUACUAACUAACUUAACUAGCAACUGUGAGAAUGACAUAGCCCUCAGGAAAAAUACAAAUUCACCAACAAUAAUGUAAAUAUUUUCUCGCUUUGACAUUAUAAAACAUAUUAAAAAAUAUCAAAAUUUUGUAAAUAAUCAAUUUUGUAUCAAAAUUGAUGUUUUUGAAGUGCAAAUUAGGGAAUACAUUAUCUGGCCUUUCCUAAAAAUCUGCUGCAAAUUCAUGCUGCAAAGUAUAAUUUUAAGAUUUGAUAAAGCUUUUAAUUCAUUGUCUCCCAUCUUAGUUCCCAGUGCUUGGUUCACUUAACAAUAAUAAUAAUAAUAAUAAAACAUUUUAUUUGAAUCGCCUUUCACGUCACUCAAGGACACUUUACAGAACAUAUACAAACAAUAAUAAAGCACUAUUUACAAUUAAAAUCAUUAAUCAUCAAACAGUUAAAAUCAACAAAGCAACAUUAAAACAUGAACAACAGCAAAGGAAUAAAUAAAGAAAUGAAUAACACCAAUUAAAAUUUAAUUAAGAAAAAGUGAGUUAGGGGUGGUGGGAUGGAUAGGCCACUUGAAUCCCUUCUGUGCUUCUGUCAUAUUUAGAACAACCACUAGAGGGCAUUUGCAGUUUUUAUAUGUAAAUAAAGUUCACUUUGGGUUACUUAUUUAACAACUAAUGACGUUGCUCUUUUUUUGGAGGUCACUCUCUAUUAUAAAUAAAAGAGGAAAUGUAGCCCUUAUGGCACCUUUGCUCCCUCUAUAAGGUCGACAUCCACUUUGUUAGCAUGUAGUAAUGAUCAGUUUGUCUUAUAUUUGUUGGGCCGAGUUGGUCAAACAGAUUUUGUAACAAAGCAGCAGCAGGUGGACUUUGCUUGUUGGGCACAGAGACACUUCAACACAAACCUGGCAGACUGUAUGGGAGCAGCACAGAGUUGAGCAGAAAGAUGACUCCCACUAAGGUACUCGGCUCUCUGUUGCAUCUGUUUCUUACCUCGUUGGACUUUUUGGUAACAAUGUUCUUACUUUUUGUACAGGUGUGUUUUGGUUUUGUUGUUUCGGCGACACUGUUUGCAACCAGCUUGACUGUAGCAGGCUCAGUGGAUCGUGUAAGUAACCUGACCUUUGACCUUAAAGCGUCGCUUGUACCUCUGUUUUGCAUCGACACUAUGGCCUGACAAGCACCUCCCCAGAAAUUGGACUUAGCAUGACAGCUACUCAGACCCCAACAGCUGUGAUUGGCCCACAUGGCCGCCUGUGAACCCUACAGCCUGUUGUCUUCAACCUCAAAGGGAUAGUUAGGGUCUUAACAUGGGGUUGCAUCAAGUUCAUAUGAAUAGUAACACCAAUCAAGGCUAUCAACUUGCAGACAAAGUCAAAACAUGUAGGUUAUUUUACACCAAACAUUAGGGUUGGUGUAAGUGUACGGUAAAGUAAAACAUUUUUGGGCGCUUAGCUCUGCUAUCAGAAAUCCUUUUCUUAAAGCACUUGUUGCAGACUCCUAAAAAAUGUGUUCCUGUGACUUUCUAUGGAAAUAUAAAUACGAACAAAUACACUGCUUUAACAAAGUGGAGUUUUCAGAUGCCUUUUCUGUUUCAUCAUGAAGUAUCAAGUUCAUGUUAGCAUUAUAACACAUCCUUGUUAACCAGUUAAAGAUGGGAGUUUGCUAAAAUCAUCUGUCUGUUUAUUGAAGGUUUAUCAAAUAUGUUAUUUUGGUCACUGAAAGUCUGUUCUUAUUGUUUUUCUUGUGUCAGACCUUAAUAUGGUAAUGUUAGCAUUUUGCUACCCUUUAGCUAACGGUAAAGCUACACGGACAGUGAUUAAUGAGCAUUAGUCAUGUUUUUGCAGUAGCAAAAAAGUAACUCAUAUUCUGAAUGAUGGCUUAUGUCUCAUCAGAUUUUGACCGCCCAGCAUCUUGAGAUCAUGAUGGUUUAUCAGGUUUUGUAUACAUAUAAACCACACCCUCGCCGCAAACUUUGUUUAUCAUCUCUCUCUCCCUGCAGACACCUCGCCAGGCAGCAGUCCAAAAGCAGGGUAAGAAGAAAGUGUGUAUGAGUGUACACACUUUCUUCUUCUUAAGAGUGUAAAAGACAAAAUGUUUUAAUCAUGAAUGAAGCACAUUUGUUUUUGUCUGACAGCACAUUGAUGUGAUUCAUCUGUGUCCUAGGGGCUGCCGUUCUGUUUUACUCUGAACACCAGGGCAGCCUGAGAGAGAUUGAAUACAACCCAGUUGUCUUCAACCAUGUGGUGGUGAACCAGGGCGCCGGCUACAGCAAUGUCUCCGGCAUGUUCACUGCACCAGUUUCUGGUAUUUACCAGUUUGUGUUUGCUGCUCAGCUCUGCCGAGGCAAUUACAACAAUGUGUGGGGCUUCAUGGUGAGGGGGGAACGUAAGAUGGCCUGCCAUGCCCAGGUACGCAACAUCGACUAAAUGUUAAAAGCUGUAAAAAUCCAACUGACUUAGUUUAACUUUAUCAUUUUAGAACAGACAAAAAAGUGAAAAAGUAAACUAAGGAACAAGAGGACAGUUUGUAAUACACUGGUACACAAGACUAGUUUGCACUGAAUCUCUAGUUGAGUAAACAGGAAAUCCUAGAGAGACAAAACUAAUCUUUGCACUUGUGAUCAGCCAAGCUAAGGAGCAGAACAAUAAGCCUCAAAGUGCCAUCCUUCACUCUUGUCCUUCAGGUCUCUGGAGGGGACACUACCCUCAACACCUGUUACCUGAUGGAGGAGCUGAAGAAGGAUGACAAGGUGUGGAUGAAACAGAAUCCUGGGAGUUGUGCCUGGGCCAGUGCUACCUCCAAAACCAUCACAUUUUCGGGCGUCCUGUUGGCCUCUGAGGGUGUGUCCACACUGGGGGCGAAGUACAGCCCCUGCUCUCUGCCUGGUGUAGGCAACAUGAAUCUCGGCAAUUCCGGCCUGAGCGCAGCUUUCUCCAGUGUUGCCGUCACUCUGUUGUGCUGCCUGCUCUCCUUUACAUCAUACUACUAAUACCUUUAUUAUCUGUGUCAAAGAAUUUUUAUACCCUUUGUUAUGUUUUCAAUACUCGCAGCAUAAUUUGAUUUAACUUUAUGGUUUGAUGCCAUAACUUUUUACUUCACAACACCUCGGUUUGUUCAUAUUGACUAAAUUUGCUGCACAGAAUACCUAUGAUGCAUGCUGCCUUUGCUGGAGGGUCCUUUUGAAUUGUUUCUGACCUGUACAUUUGAAGUUGUAUCUUAUACAGACGGGGACAAGAUAAUUCUUUAAAAAAAAAAUUUAAAAGUGCUGUUAUUUUAUAACCGUUCAUGUUGGUUGCAUUGAACCUGGGUUGAACUAGGCUGGUUUCUAUUGUAUAGUUCAGGGUCCAGCUGUGUUGUAAUGACAUUUGCCCAGCAGAUGGAGACUUCCCUCCAUAAAUGUUGAUGUACCCUCCUUAAAGACAUAACCACUCUACACCUCAUAGCCCCCUCUAGUGGUGUUCCUGAGUCAAAACUGGAGUCACCCCUUUUUUUUAAAUGAAUUUAUUGUGAGGAACCAAAGCGAGCCCUAAAAUACAUCAAACAUCAAACAAACAAAUAAAUCUGUAAAGGCUGAAAAAAGGAUAUUAUAAUGGAAAAUUUUUGAUUUUUGUAUUAAAAACUUUAAAACAUUUCUU